GUGAUUUUCAUUAUGGGCUGCUUCUCCAUUUGCUGGCUGACAUAUUUCAUUGUCGUUUGCAUGGAGCUAUUCAGUACCUACAAUAUAUCCUUGAUCCUCUACAAAAUGGCCUUCUCGUUGGCCAUGUUCAAUUCAGCACUGAAUCCGGUGAUCUAUUGCUGGAAGAAUACAAAAUUUCGACGCGCCUAUUGGCGUUUGUUGCGUUGUAAAAAUCCGAAUCGCAGCAAGCCGCAUAAUAUGGAUUUGAUCGUGUGUAGCGCGGACUCAGUACACAGCUCUCCGCGACGGCAUAGUACACUAACAAUAUCCGUUAUACCAAUACCCGCGGCUGAGCCAGUCAAACAUAACGACGCAAUUGGAUUUAGUGGGCUGAACAAUGAAGAAUUGAAGGAAGGAAGAGUGAAAGUGAAGGAGUGCAGACUUGACUGAGGCGAAGCGCCAAUAUAGGGUAGGAGUAUUAUUUAAUAAUAACAAAAAAAAAAAAAAAAAUGGAAAAAAGAAAAAUUACCAACAACUAUAAAAAAUCGAAAAGAAUUAUCUAAUACAGAAGAGAAGUGAUUAUUUUCAUUA